AUGCAGGAUGAUGAAGCGUAUGCCGGUCGGGACUUGCAUCCGAGCUAUGUGCAAGAACUAGCCGCCUGCCCUCCGGUUGUUAUAUCGAGAUUUCUUUACCGGGUCUAUGCGUUCCUGGCUGGGCUGUUCGCGGUCUCCUCGGUAGGCGCCGUCUCGCUGAAGUUCUGUUUGUACUUGCUGUUCGACGAGGCCGACACAGACAAUUUGAUCCCCACCGGUGUCGAAAUAGCUGAUGUCGUAAGUACACUGCUUUUGAUCAUUCUCCAUCUGCUUGCUUGCUGUUAUCGUCGCCAGUUUCCUGCGAAUGGCCGCUUGUUGGUUGCGGUUGGAAUGGCCAGCAUCUUCAGCAUUGGUGGCUCUGCGGCGCAGAUAAAGUCAAGAGCAUACUUGAACACACUAGUAACCAUGGCAUUUAUGUACGGAUCGGCCUUGGUUUUGACGCAGCUGUCGCAAUUCAACUUUCGAGAGCGCAAGGCCUACAUAUGGAUCGCAGCAAUCACAGUGGCUGUCUUCGGUUUGGUGACCCUGGUUCACCCUCCGUCAUCCCUUUUCCAAAUCAUUCUGAGUUUAAUUGGUGUUCUGCUGGUUGGGCCGCCGGUUUUGUUCCGCCUCUGGCAAAUUCUCCCCAUCGCCAGUACUGACGAAGACAUACGUUAUGCGGUCGACAGCUACUCAAUCACAUUUGUAGCGCUGCUGCUUUAUUAUAUUUUUGGGAAAAUAUGCCGCCAAACCCAUCCUUUAUAA